AUGUCUGCGUUCCCACCAGCCUCCAUCAAGCUUCUUGUGGAAGAAAUCGCCACCAUUCUCCGAGACCGUGGCCAGACACUCGCGGUUUCCGAAGCGGCCUGCGGCGGCCUCUUGCUGGCCUACAUCGUCAGUGUCAACGGCGCGUCCAACUUCUACAUCGGCGGCAAGUUGGUAUAUCUGGUCAAACAGAGACUCAAGCUUUCCGGCUGGACGGACGACGAGAUCCACUCGUACGUGGGCCCGCUGGAGCAGGUGGCCCUCAAACUAGCCCGCACCACCAAAUACGAGCUCGGCUCCACCUACGUGCUUUCUGAAACGGGGUACGCAGGGCCCACCACAGACUUGCAUUUGGCGGGGCACGGCGACCACGGGCAGGUUGGCACCGUGUUCUUGGGGCUCAGCGGGCCAUGCGGCGAUAUUUCCAUUCGGCACGAGACUGGCCUGGGCGACCGUUCGGCCAACAUGGAGCUGUUUGCCCGGCUUGGGUUGGAGUUUUUGUUGGACCAGCUCAAGAGCCUGGCGCAAUAG